AUGAGGGGAAGAUCAAUGACAUCCCCUUCACUGCCACCCUGCCCAACCUCACCAAUCACUGCCACCCUGCCCAACCUCACCCUCACCAAUCACUGCCACCCUGCCCAACCUCACCCUCACCGAUCACUGCCACCCUGCCCAUCCUCACCAAUCACUGCCACCCUGCCCAACCUUACCCUCACCGAUCACUGCCACCCUGCCAAACUUCACCCUCACCGAUCACUGCCACCCUGCCCAACCUCACCGAUCACCGAUCACUGCCACCCUGCCCAACCUCACCCUCACCGAUCACUGCCAACCUGCCUAACCUCACUGAUCACUGCCACCCUGCCUGACCUCACCCUCACCAAUCACUGCCACCCUGCCCAACCUCACCCUCACCGAUCACUGUCACCCUGCCUAACCUCACCGAUCACUGCCACCCUGCCCAACCUCAUCCUGACCGAUCACUGCCACCCUGCCCAACCUCACCCCUGA